AUGAGUGAUAUCGAAUCUGAGUCAUCUAAUGACUACAAUAAACGGUUUCGAUUACCAGCAGUAAUAAAAUCUGCUUCAAAAAUAUAUAAUUUAGUUGAAUGGAAAACUUUAAAUCAAUCACUGCUAAAUGCAAAAAGACAAAAUAAAAUUAACCAAAACUGGGCAGAAGUUUAUAAUAAUAAAAUAAAUAGUAUGAUCAAACAAUCUAUUUCUGAUGGAUGUAGCACAGAAAUAUCACAUUGGAGGAAGGCUUACAAUUUGGUCAUGCUUGUAAUAGAAAAAAGUAAUGAUAUUUGUCUUGAAGAUUUUCUUGAAGAAAUAAGAGAUUUAAAUAUUACAUUUAAUUAUCUUCAAGAAGUUGAGCCAGCAGAAUUUAUGACUUUGCUUAAUAAAAUAGUAGAAAAUUACAAGCUAAAAAUAGAAAUUCAAUAA